AUGGCUAGACCACAACAGCGAUACCGUGGCGUUCGACAGAGGCGCUGGGGCUCUUGGGUCUCCGAAAUCCGCCACCCUUUACUAAAGACAAGAAUAUGGCUCGGCACAUAUGAGACAGCGGAGGAUGCAGCACGAGCAUAUGAUGAGGCUGCAAGGAUCAUAUCCGGGCCAAGCGCACGCACAAACUUUUCAAAGAACGGGAAUGAGCCUAAAUCAUCGUCAUCAGAACUUCUUUCUGCAACUCUAAUGGCUAAGCUACAAAAAUGCCACAUGAAAUCUCUCAAAAUGGCCAAGAAACCAGUUAUGAAUAGGCCAAAUGAAAUAGAACAAACUCAAUGUCCUAAUGGAGGUGCAUACGGUCGAGCAGGGGUCGAGUUGUCGGGGGAUUAUGUGAGUUGUGAAAGCCAUGUAGGGAGUAGUGAUGAACAAUUCAAGCCUUUGGAAGAUGAUCAUAUAGAACAGAUGAUUGAGGAGUUGCUUGAUUUUGGUUCAAUUGAGCUUUGUUGUGUUAUGGGAGACUGA